AUGUCUAAGCACAGCCAAGCUCUCUUCGAAACUACCAAGCGGCUUCUCGCUGAAGUCAUAAAUGAAGGACUGGUAGAUGCUACUGUCGGGGGAUCGAAAACGGACCAAUGUUUGUACUUGAACAGCCGUCUUCACGCGGCUGGAGAAAAUGUUCACAAAUGGGUGAAAGUCGGUCUUCAGCCGGGUACGGUUCUAGAGACCAGAGAUGGAAAGGUUGCGUGUGUUGUGCGGCCGAAUAGCUUGCAACCGCCUGUUGUGAUUGGUAACGGCGAUGGAGAAGAGGAAGAAUUGGAUCCGGGCGCGUUAUUCGGAUUUUUGAGCCCGUGGUUAGUUGAAGAUGCGGACGAGGAAAUCUUGAAUGAGAUCGCGCUCGAAUUAGGCAAUUCAGCGCGGAAUCAGGCCCUGAUAUACGGCCACCCAAGCCACCCCUACCACCGUCUCUGCUACGCCCAACCGCCUCUCAACCAAAUCCAACCCUCCGACAUCCCCGAAAUGCUAACCCCAACUCUCGCCUUCCUCUCCGUCCCGCGGACAGAUCUCCGCGUAACAGGCGCUUUCGAAGAAAUCAUUCAGCCCCUGCUAAACAAACUGGAAGUCCCAAGCACAACGCCCGACAGAGUCGUCGUCCCCUGUCUCUCGAGGCAACUUCCCUCCGUGAACCAGCGUUUCCCGAACGCCGUCGUCUUAAAGACAGUGGACAACAUCGCAGACGCCCAAGCCUCAAUGCGAACACUAACUCUCCGCCCAGAAUGCGACUUCGGGUACCACCUGAAACUCUCCCUAGCAUGCCAAAUCACAUCUGCCCUGCGCACAAUAACCCCCUGGACAACAUGCGGCGGACCAGUUCAAACAGUCCUGCUUGAGAAGUUCCUCCCAAGCGAUCUCUGGGUCUUCCGCGAAGUCGCGGCCGUCUCAGGCGGACAGGAUAACUUCGCAGACGCAAAACAUCUCUCUUGCAUCCUGCGCGAUGAUCUCGAAGCCCGCGCAGAUGCCAACAACGAGCGUCUCGUCAUCGCAGCAGCACUAGCCCAACAGCCAUACAACGACACCCGCAGCUACGCAGAGAUCCUGUACAACCUGCGCACAACCACCGACAAACAAUCCUGGCUACGCACAUACGUAACCCGACUUUUCUCACUGGUCCUUCCGCCCCUAGCACGCUACGGAAUCGGCCUCGAAGCGCACGGGCAGAACCUCGUUGCCCGCAUUUGCCGGAAAACAGGAGAAGUGAAGGGUUUCGCGGUUCGUGAUUUCGGCGGUGUCCGGAUGCACGUUCCCACAUUGAAGAAAUUCGGCGUGAACUUUGACGGUCUGCCUCCAGGGGGCGCAACGCUGACGGAGGAUUUGCAUAAUGUAUGGAGUAAGGUGCAUCAUGCGCUUGUGCAGAAUCAUGUGGGGUUGACUGUUAGUGCGUUGGGGUUGGAGAAGGAUGGGGGGUGGGGGAUUGUGAGGGAGGUGCUUGGGGGUGUUUUGGAGGGAGAAAAGGAGGGCAUGGGGAGGGAGGUGGGAGAGUAUUUUAUGCAGGAUACGAUGCCGUUUAAGUGCUUUUUGAGGAUGAGGAUGGAGGGGAAGUAUCGUGAUUAUGUCGAGAGAGAAGUCCCGAACGUCCUUCUUAUGGACUCGCCAAGAUGGGAAGAAGUGCUGCGGACUUAUCAACCAACCUUGCAUUAUACAUAG